AUGGCCAACAACCCACCUGUCGCACCGCCUGGCUACCAAAACCCAGAAGUGCGGGCCAACUCCGAGAAGAAACUUGGAAUUGUGCACUACACUUCCUCUCUCGACUUUGGCUGGCAGGGCGACAUUCGCAGACGGUAUACCGACUUCAUCGUGCACGAAGUGCGUAAGGACGGCACCGUUGUCUACCUUUCCGACGACGACGUAGUCGAAGAGUACAAAAAGGCAGAGAAUCGAACAGAGACCACGGCCGCUCCGACGCAACAAGAAUCCGCCCCCACAGACGUGCCGGCUGUGCCGGCCGUGCCAGUCGUCGUCGAGAAGCCCACAGUACCCGAGGUGCCGCCGAUUGACACCGAUGGCCUUGUGACACUCGUCGGCCCCGAAGUUGCUAAGCAAAUGCACGAGGCCUACGCCGCUAUUGUCAGCGGUGGCCCGGCUCCUUCCAAGUUCACCAUUGCCGUCGUCAGCGACCGUGCUAAGCGAGGCCACUAUCACCAGGAAAUCCGCCGCAUAUUUUCCGGCCGUUUCGAAACCCGUGCCGAGGGGGACUCUGGUGCCAUCGUCGCCAUGCCGAGUGCCAGUAGCAAUCGAGCUCGAACCGGUGGCCGAAACGGCGCCAAAGGUGCCAAAGGUGCCAAUGGCAACAAUGGCAAUAAUGCUGGUGACAACAGACGCGAGAACCGAGCGGGUAAAAAGGUCAACAAGGCCAUCGAGGGUUCCGGAAAGUAUCUGCAUUUCACCAUGUACAAGGAGAACAAGGACACCAUCGAGGCCAUCAACUUCCUGGCCCGGAUGCUAAAACUCAAGGCAACCAAUUUUGGCUUCGCCGGCACCAAGGACCGCCGUGCGGCCACAACGCAGCGCGUCAGCGUUUGGCACCCCAGCAACCAGGGCAUUGGUUGGAUCAACGCUCGCAGCGCCUACGUCAAGGUUGGUGACUUCAACUACAACAAAAAUCCCAUCCAACUUGGCCAGCACGGCGGAAACGACUUUGUCAUUGUCCUCAAGGGCGUCGAGCUGACCCGCGGCGCCAACUGCUCGUUGAGCCACCGUCUUCGUAUGACUGAGGCGUGUGUGCAGUCGGCCCUUGACCAUGUCCAGCAGCACGGUUUCAUCAACUACUUUGGUCUCCAGCGAUUUGGCACGCACGCCGUUGGUACGCAAGAGGUUGGCCGCAUGAUCCUCAGCGAGAAUUUUGAGGGCGCUUGUGACGGAAUCUUGCAUGUGGACCCGGCACUGGCCGCCGCCCUGGGCGACAGCGAUGUUGAGUCCCGCUUCCAGCGCGACGAGAUCAACCGCGCUCGCGGCAUCCUCAAGUUCAAGACCACGGGUGACGUCAAUGCGGCGCUGAACAUUUUGCCGAGACGCUUUAGUGCAGAGAGCUCGCUCAUUCAGCACCUGGGACGCACGAAUGGCUCACGCCGCGACUUUUGUGGCGCCCUCUGCCGCAUCACCCGCGGCCUCCGCAACCUCUACAUCCACGCCUACCAGUCUCUUGUGUGGAACUGGGCCGUUAGCCAGCGGUGGUCGCGCUACGGCGACAAGGUCGUUGCCGGCGACCUCGUGCUCGUCGAGUCGGAAGCCAACCCGAACCGUCUGAGGCCCGACGGAGACCACGAUAUGUCUGAGGAGCAGAACCAAGAGGAGGAGCAGUUCUACCAGGAGGCCCGUGUGCUGAGCGCUGAGGAGGCUGCCGGCGGCCACUACACAAUCUACGACAUUGUCCUGCCCGUGCCCGGGUUUGACGUGCUGUACCCCGACAAUGACAUUGGGGAGUUUUACAGCGAGUUCAUGGGCCGGCCCGAGAACGGCGGUCUCAGCCCUUACAACAUGCGUCGCCCUCAAAAGGAGUUCAGCCUGAGCGGCCAUUACCGCAAAAUCAUGGCUCGCUUCACAGCCGUGCCCCAGUUCUUCGUCCGUCCCUACACCGACGACUCGGAGCAAAUGCACCCCACCGACCUCGACGACAUCAGGGCAGUCCAGGAGGAAAAGAGAAACGAGAAGGCCAAGGCUCAGCGUGAGGGCCAGGCCAAAAUGGAGGAGGUUGGUAACAGCCGGCGUCGUCGCCCCUCGUCCGACGUGCCACACAGCUCCAGCGACGAGCGCGUUAAUGAUGCCUGGAUCGAGAACACUGCGGACGGUGGCAGCAAGCGCAUCAAGAUGGACGGGGACAGCAAUGAGGCGGGGACACCCACCGUCGCAGACGCGGUGCAGGCGCCCACCCAGAGCAGCAGACGGUCUAGCUCGCCGAUGGCCAUCGAUCCGUCGACUGCCAAGGCUGCCGCUCCAGCCGCUCCAGCUGCCGAACCUAUUCCUGCUCCCGCUCCCGAUCACGUUAAGACGUUACGAAAUUUGUUCAAGCCCGUGCCCAAGACCAAGAUCACUAGAAAUGGCAACGACAUUGGCGCAGACGCAUCGGCCGACGACUUUACGCCAGCCAUCAAUCGCACCGCUGGCUGGCGCGAGAGCGCACAGGACUUGACCGAGAGCGACGACAUGGAGAUCGCCGUGGCGCUCAAUUUCCGCUUGUCGUCCAGCAACUACGCGACUAUGUGUCUGCGUGAAAUGAUGUCGGGCACCCUGACCCCGAGCAUGCAGGCGGCCGCGGCUAGCCGUGCGGCCAGUCGCCAGGCUUCGCCGUCGGCAUAA